AUGGACGUAGUCGCAAUCACUUCUGCUGGUUAUGGCGGCCGGGUUUGUUUCCUCGACGAAACAAACCUCUGUUAUGCCAGCGGCCAUGGCGUCAUCAUCCACGACAAGGAGACUGGCAUGCAGAAGCACAUCUGGGUGGUGCCUGACGGUCAGGGCCACCCCCCCGCCAACAUGUGUCCCGCCACCUUCGCCACCUGCCCGGGGGGCCACCUGUUGGCCUACGUACAGCAGGGGGCCCAGCAGCAGCAGCAGAUCCAGGUCGUACAACAGGAUUCACUGCUGCCGGCGUCCACCAUCAAGGACCCUAGCACACGCCACAUGGAGUUUCUGCAGCUGGUGUUCGACGCGGACGGCACCCGCCUCGCUUCCCUGGGGGGGGGGCCCGACAACCAGCUGGACGUGUGGGAUGUGGACAUGAAGGAGUCGCUGUUGAGGGUGCCGCUGCCAGACUCGCUGACGGGAUUCGAACCGGCGUUCUUUCCGCUCAAUUCGGCAGUUCUGGCGCUAGGAGGGCCCGAUGCAGUACGGCUACUGUGGGACGAGCCGCUGGCGGGCGCGCGGGUUGUACGACAGAGUGACGUGGAUCUGUCGGUGAUGGUGGAGGGCGAACAGCUGAAUUGCAUGGUGUUGGGUGUGAGGGGUGCCGCACCCCCGGCCAUACCCACCAGCAGCUGGGGGGAGAGCCCCGGAGGGGGGCACGCAGCGGAGGUGCUGUACGGCACCGCGGCGCCGCCGGCGCCGGGGUCCGCGAACGGCGCGUCGAAGGCGCCACCGCCGUCGGUUAGCUUCCUCCAGGGCCCGGCGCCGCCUCGUAGCGGAGUGGUUGCCAUUGUACUGACCGCCACACAUGUGUUGCUGGUGAUGGGGGGAGGUGUCACAGCUUCCGCGGAACUGGUUUGGCUGCUGCCGCACAGCAUGAACCCUGUCGCCGUCGCGCCACUGCCGCUGCGCGCGCUCGUUCGAGCCGCCGUGUCGCCGUCGUACGAGCAGCUUGCAAUCGCCUCCGCCGACGGCUCCAUCGCCACCUGCAGUACAAUUUGUCCCAUCCCUGGACUCAGCUUGGGCCGCUUAACGGCCGACGGCGAGGGCGGCAGCAGCGCCUCCUUACCGCCGCCGGCGGCGGCGGCGGGGGCGGGGGGCGGUUCCGUACCUUCCGGCAGCGGCGACACGCCGCUGCUGAUGGUGGCGGAGCAAGGGGGCCCGGCGGCGGCGGCGGCGGCCGCUGGCGGCGGCGCCGAGCACGGCCCGGGUCGCAGGAGUACGAGCGCAACGGUCGGCAGCGGAUCGGCGGCUUCUUGUGCCCCCGUGGAGCGGGGCGCGCUGGUACAGGUCACUGACGUGGCGCGCUUCCAUCGCGGCCGCAUUUCUUCGUGUUUGUGGCUGACGCCCACCCGGCUGGUGACGGGCGGCAUGGACGGCACAGUGCGCAUGUGGAGCUACGUCCCCAACGACGGCGAUCCCCCCGACCGCGCCGGCUGGCUCUCGCCGGGCCUCCAGCUCGAUGCCCAAUGGAACGUCUCCCAGCCGGUGACGUGUAUGGCCGCUCUCAACCCGCCCUUGCCGGCGGGGGCUGAGUGGCCGGGUACGGCAGCGGCAGCCGGCGGCGGCGGUGGCGGCGCCGAAGGUGGCGGCGGCGGCGCCGACUUUGCGGCGUCCUGGGCCGCCUCCGCGCCCAAGCCACCAGCGUUUAUGUUAGGCACGGCGGGGGGUGUCGUGCAGCUGGUGAAUGCGGACCGUGUGCCGGCGGACAUCGCGGAGGCGCCUGAUUUGGCGCAGCUGAAUGCCUCGUUGAGCAGCACGUGGGAUGUUCGUGUGUUCGGGGGACCCAUUACCGCGGCGGCGUUUUCGCAGGUGGGGCGGAAGGGAAAGGGCAUCCAUCCUCUGCUAGUGGUGGGGAGCAUCCUGGGCGAGCUGGUAGUGCUCGGUCUGCCGGACUCCAGCGCCCUGGAAGACGGCCCCCCCGACGGCGUGUUACCCCGGGGGUCGCUCCUACGUGCGUCCAUGCGAGCUCAGUCGCACGUGACGAGUAUGUUGGUGUACCCGUUACCCGCCAGCGAGGCGCGCGGGGGGGGACAUUUCUGGGUGAUCACUACACACACCGACAAGAGCAUUCGGCGGUACAGGAUGUAUACAGACGAGGUGGAGCGACUCACCCCGGAGGAAUUUGUGGUCGAUUUGGGGCUGCGUAAGGCCCUUUUGGAGCACGCUGAAGAGCGGUACGGCAAGGUCAAGACUCAACUGGCCAGGGAGAUGCGGGUCAUGGAGUUUCAGCGUCAGCGACUCAAGGAGGAGUGUAUGGGGGUUAUGGAAUGCGCCUCCCGGCCCCUCGUUCCGCUGGGGGAGUACGCCUUCAUCAGCCCCAUGGAUCCAGCGGAGGUCCGCAAGUACCGCUUCGAGGGGGAGUCUUCGGCGGCUCGUACGGAAGGGGGUGUGUGGAGCUACGGGCUGUGCAAGAUGAAGCGGGCACAGGAACUCAGACUGAAGCAGGUUGCCUUUCUUCGCAAGGUCGAGCAGGCCGAGGGGGCACUGCGGGGCAGCCAGGAAAGAGGCGCUGUCGUACCCAUUCGAAGAUAUAAGGGCGACAUGCAGCGGAAGUUCAGCCUGGUCAUGGGGGAGGAAGAGCAGCAGCAGCUGCAGCAGCAGGGGCAGGGGUUGGCACAGCCGUUGAGUUCGUUGCAAUCUGCCCAACCGUCAAGUCAGUUGUCGGGGCAGUACUCCUUGGUGGCGGGAGGACCCGGGGGGCAGGGCGGGCAGGGACAGGGCCAGCCGUACCGUGUACAGCAGACGUACGACGAUGGGGAAGAGGACGAUGAGGGGCAGUCGCUGGGUGGGACCUCUAAGAGCAGGCGGCAAUUCCGAGACGAUGGUUUCGAGGGUACGGAGCCCGGGUACGGCGAGACGGGGCUGCUGUACGCUGACGUACAGCUGUACACUCACUGUCGACGGGUGUCACAGAUGGUAUUUAUUCAGGAAGAGGUUCGUAGUCUGAGGCGGUUGUUCAACGCCCGUUGGGAUGCAUCCCGCGCCGCCAAACAAAAGGCCCUGGACCGCAUCGACGAGCGGCUCGGGCGCAUUGUGGAAAUCCAGAAGGAGCUUACCAAGCUGGCGGUGGAGGAGGGCGCGGGGGAGGCCCCCCCGCCGGCGCCAAAACACAUCCCCGGGGAAUUCUACGGAUGGAGCCCGGAGGAGGAGAUGGUGGCGCUGGCGCCUGUACGGGAUGAGGAGGUCGCGUGUGAGUGUGCCCGGGGAUGGGGUGGGGAAAGGGGGAAGAGGGCGGAGGGGGGUUAUGUGUGUAUGUGGAAGGAGCUGGCCGAGGAGCUGGACAAGCACCGGCGGCUGUUGGAGGCGGAGCGGAGGGCCCUGGAAGUGGACAUUGCGGAGCUGGCUGCCGGAGUGAACACUGACCUGACCAGGUUGUCCAACUCCAAGGUCCGCAUGGACAUGGAAAUCGUACACUUGGAGCGCCGCGCUACCGACCUCGCCACCCUGGUGGCCUCCCUGUCCGCCGCCCGAGCCGCCCGAGCCGCCUUGACGACGCAGCUGGCCGCCAACACCACCCGCCGUACUCGCCGCUCGCCACUGCUGGCGGCGCUGGAGGCCAAGGUCCAGGCAGCCCAGCAGGCGUACGAGGACAUUGCGUUGAGUGAGAAGCAAGUGGACAAGGCCUUCCGGCGGGAGUUCAGCAGCCGGCCUGAGCUAUGGGAUGACGCGCAAAAGGUCUACCGCACCAGGUCGCAUCUGCUGCAUGGCUCUGCCUCGACGGGCAGUCUCGGAGCGACUGUCCCUGGCGCCGCCGCCACCGCCGGCCCCUCCCCAACCCCCGGGUUCGUGACCACGGCUCGUCUGCCCAGCAAGACUGCCCUAGAGCUCCUCGGCAAGAGUCCGGAGGGGCAAGCCCUGGCGGCGGCAUUGGAGACUCCCGGCCCUGGGGAGGUGUCCCAGUCGCAAUCGACCACCUCAGUGCCGGUCCUAAGGCAUGUGUACGGAGAUAGGGCCGUACACGCAUACGCAUGGGCACACGGAAAGACGCCUUCCCUCACAUCCGGAGCAGCGCCGCCGCCGCCAUUGGCGCCCGCCAAACCACGUCACGGUAUCGGUGCCGUACUGAUCAUGGCGGGCGAGGAAGCGGCACUGGCGCGGCGCGGCAUCUCGCAGCGACCCGCGGGUCUUCGGCUGCGGGCGCUGGUGGAGAAGGAGGGACAUCCUCUGGACCGGUUGCUCCAAAUGGUUUCGGCGGGGCUUCCCGCCUCCGCUUUGGUUUCGGAGCUGGGGCCGCUGGGGCUGCGGCUGGGGAGCAACUCACCGGGAAACUUGAACCCCUUCAAGUUGGAGGGCCCCGCCGGUAUAUUCAAUCCCGAGGCCACGGGAGCGGCGGAGGCGCUCGGGGACGCGGGUGGCGGCAGUAGCGCCGGCGGCGGCAGCCAGGGCGGCGGCGGUAGUCCCGUACGGGAACGGAGCUCGGCGUCGGCCGGGGAGGAGGAGGAGGAUCCCCUGGACUCGAAGGAGCGACCCGAGGGUAUGGACGACUCGCUGUGGAUUCGACUGCUGGAGUUCCGGCAGACGAGAGCGGAUCUGGAGAUGGAGGCGGAGGAGGCCUGGCGGCGCGUAUCGCUCCUAACCGCACAGUGGGAUUGGAUGGAGGCUGAGGACGCGGGCAUGGAGGCGGCGGUGGAGGAGGCGGGAGCCCGUGCUGCGGCGCUGCGGGACGGGUCAACGCGCCUGUCUCUGGAUAUCAGCCUCACCUACCGACUGAAAAACGGCCAGGUUGAGCUGCCCGAGCGGCCAGGUGACGUGGUAGGUGCGGGGGAUGUGCUGGCGGAUGCGCUCAUCCUGCACCGGAACAGAGUGGAGGCGCUGAAUGAGGAGGUGCUUUCCCGGGGGGAUAACAAGAUUGAGGUUUUGGAGGAGCUCCGACUGACCCGCCGCAAGAUCCACCUCUCCCAGUGGGAGACGGAGGCGGCGGAGCUGGCCGGGCGACACGCGGCGCAGCGGCUCACGGAACUGCAGCUGCUGCACGUCACCAAGGACCUGCAGGCCGCCCUCCGCGACCCCGCUUUAGUGGACCGCCUUCACGAGGAAGACCGCCUCCUGUCGGUGCGUCAGAACAUCGCCAACCUGCACGUCCACAAGAUUGAGCAGCGCCGCCGGCAGCUGGCGUCACUGCGCGCGCGGGUGUCACGGAGCGGUACCGAGCAAGGGGAGCUGUCGGUGGCGGAGGCGGCGGCGGAGGCGGCGUUCCAAGAGAGCACCCGCAUGCACCUCAUGAUGAGCCACGCCAAGGCCGCGGAGGACGCCACGCACCGGCGCCACAUGCGGGCCAUCGUCACCAACGCCCAACUGCGGGCAAUCGCGCAGCAGCAGGCCGCGGACCUGGAGCGGCUAGGUGAGCAGCUGCGGGUUUCACACGCCAGGAACUUCCCCGCUCUGAAGCCGCUAUCGAGCUGGGCGCCGCCGGAUUAUCGGCCGCCUUCGGCGGCCGCGGCGGCGCUGGCGGCGGCGGCGGCAGCGGCUUCGCCGCCGCCGUCGCCGGGAAGCCGCGCGCCGAGCCGCGGCGGCGAAGCCGCCGCGGUGAUGCCGCUGCCUGGUGCGCACCGUCGUGUGUCGAACGGCAUGCAGCAGCAGCAGCAGCGUAACAGCAGCGGCGGCGGGCCGGGGAGCCGUCCCGCCAGCCGCGCCGGCACACCUCUCGGUGUGACACGAAGCGGCGGCGCCGGCGCGACGCUGACGCGCGCGUACGUACUGGCCAGCGGCGGUGGAGCUCUGGGCACCAGCGCCAGCACUGUUCUCAACGGCGGCGGCGGCGGCGGCGGCGCUGGCUUAGCGGGACGGCCGCCGUCAGGCGCUUACCGCCCCGCUAGCUCCGCGUCGCGGCGGCUGUAG